UGGAAUCCUACUAGCAAUCCUAUAAAUACGGCACACCGGUUGUGGAGCUGGCACAGAACGGCCAAGAAAGUUAAGGGAAGCGACUUGACUGCCGAACAGACGAUAUCAAGUUGAGAGAAGCCGAUAAUUCGACAAGAUGAAUGCCUGCAGUGCCAUCGUUGUUGUCGCCAUUUCGGCCAUCAUGAUCCUCGGUGCAAAUGCAGACCGUAAACACUGUUUUUGCGAUCUUCGAUGGAGCACAACCGAGCUAACAGCAGGGGAAAGCGCCAAUGGUUUAUCGGUCUUGCAGGACCUACAUAACCCGAGCUACCACCACUGGCUGAGCGUGGGCUGCAGACGGGUCCUUCGAAACUGCCCCAACGACUGCCUGAAUAAGGCCCAUGACUGGAUGGGCGGGGCUAUGUUCACCGACGGGGCGGGCCAGCUGGCCUGCGAGAGCGUGCGGAGGAACGCGCCUCCAGGUAGUCCGAUCUACGUGUACGCAACGUACGACCCCAGCGUGUGCGGCGAUCGCACGUGGCAGUAUGUGGCCCCGCUCUGCUGCUGGGAGAUCGCGUUCCCUGGCUACGACAGCAUCUUUCUGUACAACCACAGAUGUGAGGAUCCAUGUCCACCGACUAACCCAGGAUGCUGAGUUGUUUCUAGUUACUACCAUACACAUGAUGGUUGAUGCCAUGAUGCUGACUAGCGAAGCUUCAACUUCAUGUGAACUCAUUCACAGACUGCAUAGCGCUGACGCUGUAACAUUGCUAUUGCGAAACAAUAAAUUGUUGCAAAUUUAAUUUUCAGAUAUAAGUCAAAGUACCAAACUACUUCAAUGAACGGUAUUUUGGAAGUUGUAGUACUCAGAACAUAAUUUGUUACACCCCCUAAGUCGCUUGAACUCUGUCCCGUUAAAAUUUAUAAAAACAGUAGUCAUAAUUACCGAUUUUUUUAUUGAUUGACCUGACGUGCAGUAAACGUAAUAAAUGAACAUUGUUAGGCUAUUUUCGUUUUUAAAACACAUCUCCUGCUUGUUCUUUAUCCUGGUUGGCUGAAACGCGGUCACGUGUGAUUCACUAAUAUGGGCUAGUGUGUGAAACUAGACGCGCGUCGAGACAUCGCACGCGCGUAAUUUCCAGAGUAUAUAGCAACUAUACAGAGAAAAAGAAAAGAAACAAAAUAAUCAAAUAGCGUAAUAGACCUUAUGCGUACAACGGCCAUCUUACAGGGUACUUUUUUGUAAUUUUAAUUUGGUAACAAUGAAUGUACUAAAAGUUCAGGUGUGCAUAAUCCCAGCAAAACAAAGGUUCUUCCCCAACACAUGUAAUUGGUCAAUUUGUACCCGAUUUAACGAAUGGAGUAACUACAAACCAAUGCUUUGAAAAUAACAUUGCCCAGCAAUGUUGUACCAAUCUCUUUGUAAAGUGUUAAAUCUACAAAGAGUUAGAGAGAGAAUACUUUUAAAAGAAAAUACAAUAGUCUGCGAUUCCUAUUUAAUUUCCGCAUGCAUAGGCCUAGUAGUGCAUACAAAUUUUGCCAUGAUGCAAUGCACUUGACGUGUUUUUAUAGCCUUUCGUAUUUGCAUUUAUAGUGAAAGCGAGGGAAUGAAGUACUCGUGCGUGCAGUCAUUUGAUCCAAAACUCUUCGUUUUUGCCAUUAUGUUUACACUUGUAUUUUUUCAAAUUAUCUUGUUUUACCAUACAGCACAACCCUCCUCGAGAAUUGUCAGGAUAGGCCUAUACUUUCAUAUAAAAAAAACAAUUGGAUAAUUAUCAGGGCAUGUAUUUGUCUUUGCGAUGGGUUGGUGGACCGAUUUCUACAAGUUAUGUUUUCAAAAAUGUGUGGGUAGGUGAUCGACCCAAGUACCACUUCUUGCAAAAUUAAACACG